AUGUCUACCGAUCUCAAGCAACUCGAACAACUCCUCGCCGGAAAAUCAUACAUUGAUGGUUUCCAACCUACCUCUGCUGAUGUUGAGGUCUUCAAGGGUCUCGGCUCUGCCCCCGAAGCUACCUUCCCUCACACUUUGAGAUGGUACAACCACAUCAAAUCAUACGAAUCCGAGUUCGACUCUUUACCCAAGGGUACCAACCCUCUCUCCGCCUCUUCAUCUUCUGCCGCCCCCGCCGCCGAUGCCGAGGAAGAUGACGAGGAUGUUGAUCUUUUCGGAUCAGAUGACGAGGAAGAUGAUGCCGAGGCUGAGCGAAUCAAGGCCGAGCGAGUUGCCAAAUACAACGAAGCCAAGGCCGCUAAGACCGCCGAGAAGCUCGCUGCUGGUAAAACCCUCGAAGUUGCCAAAUCCGUUGUCACCCUCCAAGUCAAACCUUGGGAUGAUGAGACUGAUAUGGAAGCUUUAGAAAAGGAAGUUAGAGCUAUUGAGAAAGAUGGUCUCGUUUGGGGUGCUUCGAAAUUGGUUCCUGUCGGUUACGGUAUCCGAAUGCUCCAAAUCACCCUUGUCAUUGAAGAUGCCAAGAUCUCCCUUGACGAACUCCAAGAAGAGAUCGCCGAGAUCGAGGACCACGUCCAAUCCUCCGACGUUGCUGCUAUGCAAAAGCUCUAA